CGUAUCAAAGAGUACCGAUAGGGUCAUUAUUGUUACUGAUUGUUUGCUUUGGUACGAACUUCAUGAAAAUCAACGCGAACGCAACACUCGUCGUCUAUCAUAUUAUCUUCUUGGACCCGAGCACUGGACAACAAACUAAAGUCACUCUGAAGCCCUAACAAACAAAGACAAAGCAUUACACAAACGAAAACAAACAGCCCAGUAGAAUGCUGACGAAGUUUGAAUCGAAAUCGGCUCGCGUCAAGGGUUUGGCCUUCCACCCAGUACGCCCCUGGGUGUGCGCCUCCUUGCACAAUGGUGUCAUCCAGCUGUGCGUAUUCGAUAAGAUAUCACUGCGUUCGAUUGUCCUUUUGCUUCUUUUUUUUCAACAGUUUCCUACUACUUGUCGCUGGCUGCACAAGGACUGAUACCACCUGUGUUUCUCGUAACUGCGGGAUUUGACCCGGGUCAUUGCUGGUUGCUUCUGUUUCUUUCGCUCCGGGUAUAGCCUCGUGAUAACGUUUUUACUCACUCAUAUUUGUUUUCUGAUCCAUAUGAUUAUCAAUUGGACAACAAAUUACAAUACCACACAACUCCAGUUGGGAUUAUCGAGUUGGGACCGUCAUCGAUCGAUUCGAAGAGCACGAUGGACCUGUUCGAGGAGUUGAUUUCCACAAAACUGAUUCUCUGAUUGUUAGUGGAGGUGAUGAUUACAAAAUUAAGGUAUGGGAUUACAAAUUGCGUCGAUGCCUCUUCACGUUGCUCGGUCAUCUUGAUUACAUCCGUACGGUUGAAUUCCACCCAGAUCCGGCCAAGUUUCCCUGGAUCUUGUCCGCCAGUGAUGAUCAAACAUUGCGGUUGUGGGAUUUCCAGAAACGUAGUUGUUUGAGCGUCCUAACAGGACACAACCACUAUGUAAUGUGUGCGGCAUUCCAUCCCUCGGAAGAUUUGAUUGUUUCGGCUUCCUUGGAUCAAACCGUCAGAGUUUGGGACACUACUGGACUCCGAAAGAAACAAACGGGACAAGACGUUAUGGAUCCCAUGCGUGGACCACAGGUCUCAGCUACGACAAACGCUGCCAUGAAUGUUCAGGCCGAACUUUUUGGAACGAAUGACGUCGUUGUCAAGUAUGUCUUGGAGGGACACGAUCGUGGCGUAAACUGGGCGUGUUUCCAUCCCACUCUGCCGUUGUUGGCAAGUGCCGCCGAUGACCGCCAGGUGAAGUUGUGGCGAAUGUCGGAAACCAAAGCUUGGGAAGUCGAUACCCUUCGCGGACACGCUAACAACGUGAGCAGUUGUUUGUUCCACCCCAAACAUGAUUUGAUUGUUUCAAAUAGUGAGGAUAGAAGCAUUCGUGUCUGGGAUGUUUCAAAGCGUGUUGGCGUCCAAACGUUUCGACGAGAAGGCGAUCGAUUUUGGAUCUUGGCCGCUCAUUCCAACCAGAAUCUUUUAGCGGCCGGGCACGAUUCCGGAAUGAUUGUCUUCAAGCUCGAGAGAGAGCGUCCUGCCAUGUGCUACAAUGCUCCUCGUUCGAAGCUGUACUACGUUCGAGGCCGGGAACUCUUCGCUCGUGAUUACAGCCGAGGAGAUGGCUCUGGAAAUGAUAUCCCUAUUGCUUCCCUUCGAAGAGUUGGACAACAGGCCCAAACGGAUGGAAUUGGGUCGGCUCCCCGAACCUUGGUGUACAAUGCACACAACCCUAGCGAGGGCAACGUUUUGGUAUGCAGCGAUAUCGAUGGCGGUAGCUACGAACUUCUUACAUUUAAUGGGGCGAAUGUAACCGAUGGAAAGCGAGGCGCGUGCUUGGGUCCUGCUGUCUUUUUGGGACGCAACCGAUUCGCAGUGCUCGACAGACACCAACGCCAAAUCAUCGUAAAGAAUCUUGACAACGAAACAACUAAGCGCGUGCAACCUCCGGUUGCUAAUGUGGACGCUCUAUUGGACGGAGGAGCCUCCGGACGUGUCUUGUUGCGCGCUGACGACCGCGCCAUUCUUUUUGAAGUACAAUCCAGACGCAUCCUCGGGGAGCUCACUGCACCGAAAAUCAAGUCGGUCGUAUGGAGUCCCGAUGGAUCGAAGGUCGCUAUUGUCUGCAAGUACGGAGUCGUCAUUGCCGAUCGGCAACUCGAACAGCUCUGCAGUGUUUCCGACAACGUCCGUAUCAAGAGCGGUGCUUGGGACUGCUCCCCAUCGUCGGAUGGCACCGCAUCGAACUUGUUCGUUUACACUACCCUUAACCACAUCAAGUAUUGCUUGCCAUCGGGAGAUAGUGGAACGAUCCGAACACUGGAAACCCCAAUUUAUGCCGUGCGUGUCGUAAAGGACCAACUUCAUUGUUUGGACCGUGAAGCGCGGGCUAGAGUUAUCGCUAUCGAUACCACAGAAGCACGAUUCAAGCUUGCUUUGGCCAACAAGAAGUACGGCCGUGUCAUGCACAUGGUGAACCAUUCUCGUCUAUGUGGUCGUGCCAUUGUUGCGUAUUUGCAACAGAGAGGGUUCCCCGAAGUUGCUUUGCAUUUCGUCCGCGAACCCAAGACUAGAUUCAAGCUUGCCUUGGCGUGCGGAGAUAUCGAAGCUGCAAUGGAGUCUGCAUUCGCACUGGAAAAUCAGACUCAACAAAACUCAGAGAUCGAAGGAGGCUCCUCAACUGAUGAAACACGAGAAAUCUGGAGUGAACUGGGUGCUGAGGCACUGCGCCAAGGAAACUAUGAAAUGGUUGAAAUGUCCUAUCAACGCACAAAAGAUUUUGAUCGACUCUCAUUUUUGUAUCUUAUGACUGGUGAUACAGAAAAACUCCGCAAGAUGUUGAAGAUUUCCAACAUGAGAGGGGAUAUUAUGGGACGAUACCACAAUGCUUUGUUCUUGGGUGACGCUGCUGAGCGUUUGGCCGUUUUGGAGGCAAGUGGAAAUCUUCCCUUGGCUUUCAUGUGUGCGAAGCUUCAUGGAUUAGUUGAAGAUGCCGACCGAAUCAAAGUUGCAAUCGAGACAAAUGAAGGAGAAGAAAAAAUGCAGACAGUUCUCGAGCAAACCUUGGCAAUUGAGACACAGAAUGAUCGAAGUGGUGGCCGCUUGUUGCAACCUCCAACUCCGAUAUUCCGAGAUAACAAUUGGCCGACACUCGAAGUUCAGAAGUCAACAUUGGCGGAUCUAACUGCUGCUGUUCCCGAGGAAGAGGAAGUCGAAACUCAGGCGGCACUAAACGCACCUGUUUCCGAAUUAGCUGAUGACUGGCAAGAUGCAGUUGACGAUUCCGAUCUUGCCGCUGAUCUUGCAGCGGCAGAUGACGACUUCGGUGACGACGACUGGGGUGACGAUGAUGGCCUUGAUGAUCUUGGUGAUUUCGGGAAUGAUGAAGAUCUUGACGUGGAUGGUGAUGACUUCGACAAUAUUGCCGAUGAUUCUGGAUUUCAACUGCCUCCUUCAGGACGCCCGCCUGCUGCUUGCUGGGUGGCAAACUCGUCGCAUGCAGCGGAUCACGUUGCCGCUGGUGGAAUGUCAUCUGCGAUGCAGUUGUUGAACCGUCAAAUUGCAGCCUCGGAAUUUUCUGUCUUGCAGCAGAACAUGAUGGGUUGUUAUGCUGGUUCUAUGAUGAGUGUUCCUGGAAUUGCUGGAAGUGGAAGUAUGGCUUUGCCUUUGAUGCGUAACGAUAGUGAUGGACAUCCCGGAAACGCAUCUUUACCUCGAACCUAUAUUACACCAAAGAAUUUGGUCGAUGGCGUGAAGAGUGGAUACCGCUUUUUCCAGGGAGGUAAAUUCAACGAUUCGAAGGCAUCCUUUAUGGCUGUUUUGACGCAAAUUCCUUUGGUUGUGACAAACAAUCCGAAAGAACAGGCGCAAAUAAAGCAUAUGGUGAACGUCUGUCGCGAAUACAUCACCGGAAUCCGUAUCAAAGGAGCCAUGGCGGAAGCCGGAAAAGAUCCUGUUCGAGCGACCGAGCUUUCUGCUUACUUCACUCACUGUGAACUUAUUCCCGCUCACAUGGUAUUGGCUUUGCGAUCCGCUAUGGGAACCGCGUUCAAGCACAAGAACUAUAUUCUUGCAGCGAGCUGUGCUCGUCGAUUGCUAGAAUUGCCCGAAAUGAGCAGCGAACGCAAUGCCGAUCUGAAGAACAAGGCCAUGAAGGUACGACAAAAGUCAGAACAAAUUGCACGCAACGAACACGAACUGAACUACGACGAAACCAAGUCGUUCAAGAUCGACUGUGCUACCUUGGUGCCGAUCUACUCGGGCGCAUCGUACAAAUCGUGCUCUUAUUGCGGAUCGCAAUACGCUGGUGACGAUAUGGUAAACAAGCUGUGCUCUACAUGCGGUCUUAGCCAGGUCGGUAUCAAGACUUUAGGAUUGGUUACUGGUUAAGAGUAAAAGGAUGAAUGAGGUGGCGUGGGAUUGAAUGAAUUUAUUCCAAGUAGAUUGUGCGUAUUUUGCUCUCGAGCUCUGAACUAAUAUCAAACGAUGAUAAGAUAUAUUUGAUACAAAAUAUCUUCCGUAGAAUUGAUUUACGGCAUCAUGUCCAGCGAGAGGGGGGUAAUUCAAGUAUCUACGUAUUUCUACGCAAGAGGGCGUUCGUCUAAUGACGUUUCGAGUUUAGUUUCGUGUACGGUUACAACUGUGAUUUCAUUCGUUUGUUUGUUCGAUUCAUUCGUCUAGGAAUAUGACAUAACAAGAUCCCGAGGAUGUGACGCUCCAUGUGCUGAAGUAUGCUUUAAAUUUACGUCUACAAGCGCAAGUCUAUUUUGAAAGAUUGCCAUCUGAGACAAACGAAGCGCAUUUGUUUUCUUCGAACUAUUUUCACACCGUGGGCGCCUGUGUUGGAUCAACCUGGUGCAACCUCGUGGAACCCAUCAUUUCUUCGGGAAGUUCGGCGGGUGUUUUCCCCUCGAUCACGAAUCCAAUGUCGACGGCCUUCAGGGAGCUCAGGUAUCGCCGCGUUACGUUUACGGUUUUCUUGGCAAUGGCCGUUCCGCUCGAAAUAUCCAGGUCACAGAUUUGUAGACAGUGCAAAGAUUGAUUUUGUUGCGGGAUGUACUUGUAGCUGACGUCCAAUCGUUUGCCGAUCAAUGCUGGUUUACCGGUCACCAGGUUUCGAACUAGAAACGGCCCCUCUGGAACAAUCGCGAUGAGUUUGAGACGUUCGUUCUUGAAUUCGGCAUCGUCCGAUGCCAUCCACCUCGCCAGGGCUAUUUCUGCCUUUGUAAAACCCUCUAUGCUCAACUCCCUCUUUUCUUGUUUCGUCAUGUCCAUCUUCAUGAAGGGCACGAAUUUAGCGGGCACUUCAUAAUAUUGAAUCAACACCCCCCAAGGAAACAAAAACCGAAACACAUA